AUGGUAGCAUUCCUUAGGGUUAGCGUGCCAGGUUACGCUGGUGGUUUAUCAGCGUCAUUGCCAGCUGGCGGUGGAGCGGCAUGGGAGCGCCUUGGCGCUGAACUCUUGCUGUCAGGCUUGGUGGCUGCUGCAUACUUCGCGGCCAUGGAGCGAAGAUGGACUGGCUCUGCACCUGUGUUACUUGGAGCUGCUUAUUGUGCUGCAAGCUUUGUCUCUAUGCCAUCCCUAAACCCAGCCAGAUCCCUGGGCCCUUCCUUCGUAUUAUCACGUUGGGACAGUCAUUGGGUGUGUUGGGUCGGAGGCCUUGGUGGGGGGAUCGCCAGUGCCCUUCUCCACGAGUGGGCAUCCAGGAAACCACGGGCCAACUCCAACUCAAGGGCGUCGUCACCAAGGGAUCUAGAUGAGCUGGACAAGCCAGCGUUCCCUUCGCACCAUCAUUACAGACACGCGUCCACGUACUGUUCAGCGACACCACGACCGGAUAACACUGAGCCGCUGUACUCGGGCUCCAAGUCUCUUUACUGUCGGUCACCACCACCUGCAAGGCACACUCUACACAGGUCUGAUGGAUCCUCAUGUAAAAUGUCUCAGUCUGUAUACAGUAAAACCAGUGCUGCAGCAGCUGGAUCACUGGUUGCGGCUCAAUCUUUGCUUUUACGGCCUCCAACUCAUACUGUCACAAUGAACCAGAAUGUACACAACGCCCAGCGUGACCCGCCUUAUGGCACCAACGUUAAUGUACGACCAGGACCAGCAGGUGCAGCUGUACAGGAACGUCGGGAGUCCGUAUACAGUGCGGGUACACGGCGGGGUCCUCUCUCUUCCGAAGACAGUGCGUACGGCAGCUACGGCCCCCAACAGCCUGCCUUGCCCCACGCACGUACUUUCAGGGCGCCUCUUCAUCCGGACCAUUACUAG